AUGCAGAUGUCUUAUCGCGGCUCAUUGACAACCACGCAAAGCCGGAUGAAGACUACGUCAUCGCAACCUUUCAAGGUGAUUGAGAAGGACACCCAAUCUGAUCCCGAGCUCCGUAAGGUAUUCCGGUACGCGAAAGACGGUUGGCCACCAGACGCUGGCACUACAGAUCCGGAAAUAAAGCGCUAUUUUUCUCGUCGUGAUUCGUUGACCACCUUCGACGGGUGUAUUUUAUUCGCCGAGCGCUUGGUCAUUCCGGAAAGACACCGAAAUCGUUGUUUGAAGCAGCUACACCUGGGACACCCAGGAAUCCAGCGUAUGAAGGCCAUCGCCAGGAGCUAUGUGUACUGGCCUACGCUGGACGACGAUAUUGCGGCGUACGUUAAGUCUUGCAAGAAUUGUGCAUCAGCAGCAAGAUCACCGGCAUCCUUACCACCGAUUCCGUGGCCUAAGCCUACAGGCCCAUGGAGUCGCGUCCACAUCGACUACGCUGGCCCGAUCGACGGUGACUAUUUCUUGCUAGCCGUUGACGCCUUUUCGAAAUGGCCUGAAGUGAUUCCGACGCGCCGUAUAUCAACGACAGCAACGAUUGGUAUUCUGAGAAACAUUUUCUCACGGUUGGGAAUGCCGCAGAUCCUGGUUAGCGACAACGGAACCCAAUUCACCAGUAGUGAAUUUCAACAGUUUUGUGACGACAACGGAAUCCAACACAUUACCACCGCUCCGUUCCACCCUCAAUCGAAUGGGCAAGCAGAGAGGUUCGUGGAUACGUUCAAGAGAGCUGUGAAGAAAAUUAGCGGCGGAAGGGGAUCCAUCGAAGAAGCUUUAGACAUUUUCCUUUUAACUUACCGUUGUACACCAAAUCCACAGGUAACAAACGGCACCUCUCCGUCUGAAGCUAUGUUUGGUCGUCGCAUCAGGAUGAAUCUUGACUUACUUCUCCCACCUACGAGGCCACCAGAAACGAAAAUUGAUAGGUGUUCUUUAAAACGGAAAUUCGACAUCCACGAUUUGGUCUACGCUAAGGUGUUCAGCAACAACAAAUAUCGUUGGGCGCCAGGCAUCGUAUGCAGCAAGGUUGGGCGAGUCAUGUACACAGUGUUCAUCGAAGAAAGCCGGAUGAUUCGGUCACAUGCGAAUCAGCUUCGAAGCCGUACCGAAUCAGAUACAAGUGGUGAACCAAAAAGAGCACAGCAGAAUUUGCCUCUCGACGUUCUACUGGACUCUUGGAAACUACCUGCCAAAGUGUCACCAGAACCAAUUACGUCUACACAACCAACCGAAGCCAGUUUCCAUUUUACACCGAAUCAAUCAAGUUCACUACUCCAAUCAACGAUAGUAGGUGGCUCAGCUCUGUACCCUGAGUCGUCUGUCAUGGAUACAAGUUUAUCAAUGUCGUCGUCAACCACAUCUUCAUCAGCACCGAGUCAAGAAUCCGCUUCCAUGAAUGGCGGGCCAGUUACAUCGGUGCCUACAGAACCACGUCGCUCUUCGAGAGUUCGAAGGCAGCCGCAGUGGUAUCACCCUUACCAUCUCUAUUAA